UCAGAUAACACUGCCGCUGAAACGGAGGGAACAAAUCUGAUGUCUCGGCGCCAGCCGCCAGCCCACCUCCCCGACCAACAGCCGGCUAACGACACAAACACCGAGAACACACAGCUCUUACUCCGCGGAGCAGCAGGGAUGAGGUACCGCGCCGGUGGUACGGACUCUGUGGAUGGUAGAGAGACAACCCAAUCCAUGUCUGCACCCGAAGAUUUAUUUGCGAUGAGUUUGACACUGGAUCAUGUUGGCCAUAUCUGUGGUGAAGUUGGCGACCUUUGGAGACAGCUAGCCAGGGAACAGUUGGACUUCUCAGAGGGAAACUGUGACGGCUUCAACCAUGACUAUCAGCUCAACGGACAGAGGGAGAUCGUGUAUCAGAUGUUGCGAGCCUAUGUAAGGAGAGAGGAGUCUCAGCCCCCCACAGUUGGGGACCUUUGUGACGCAUUGGAGAACGUCGGACUGCGUCAUGUGGCAGAGAAGCUGUUUACUUUCGCGAGGAACGGAUCCGGACAAAACCCUUCCUCUUGAUCCGCCUGUCAAGAUACUAUUCAUCACUUCUAUUGAAAUUCCACUUCUCAAAAUGAUUGAUGUGCCUUCAUCAAAUAACAACAUACACUUUUGAUAUAUUUUCGAAAUAAAUCUAUAGUAUGUCUUUGGAUUUUUGAACAGUAAUGAAGUGUUUUUUUUACAUAUUCAUUCCCUUGUUGUAAUGAUAUGUAUCAACUAGAUUUGAGCGUACAAAUAGGAAGAUAAUACAUGUCUGUUGUCAACUUUAAGAAAACAGCUGUGAUAUCAAGUUGGACCUGAACAGAUCAUGACAACAUUUGCUGGAAUUUAGACUUAAUGUUAUUUGCUGCAGCAAAUGGAAUAUACAGUUGUCUUGGAUUAAAUGCGUUCGAAAUGAUAAGUUGACUCAAUUUGCUACUUGUUAUAUUUUGUGAUGUUUGUCUAAUUGUUGCUGAUGACAUAUUACAAGCUCGAGUUUCUGCUACGUUUUGCACUUUUGAUAUCUUUUUACAUACAAAAUAGUUAUACAAAAAAUAGUGACUGCACAAAAAGUUGGCAACACCUCCGAGACUUGAAUAUCUUUACGUGAAGGCAAUAUCUUUAAAAUUAUUAUUUAUGUAUAUGCCACGCGAAUGUUUGACCGGCAGGGAAUAUUGUUAUCACAGAUAGGGUACUACCGAUGUAAAUGUAUCUAGAAGAAAAACACCAAAAGCUGUAAUAACUUAUCAAUCUAUUUGUUUCACUUUGUACAAAUAUAUACAAAAAUCGAUCCUA